CAUUUGGGGGCUAUCUGUACCGUCCUGACAUUUGGGGGAUAUCUGUACCGUCCUGACAUUUGGGGGGAUAUCUGUACCGUCCUGACAUUUGGGGGGAUAUCUGUACCGUCCUGACAUUUGGGGGAUAUCUGUACCGUCCUGACAUUUGGGGGA